GCAGACUUGUCGACACUCAGGCCGAGAGCACAGAGACUGUGAGACUGAGACUUGAGAAUGGGGGCAGUCCUUGCGCUGGCCGAGUGGAGGUUCACUACAAGUGGCUAUGGGGGACUGUGACUGAUUAUAACUGGGACCUGCCAGGCGCUAACGUUGUGUGUCGGGAGCUGAACUGUGGGUCUGCUGUCUCCGCGUUGGGCGGGUCUCACUUUGGACCAGGAUCCGGUCCCAUUGUGACGGGAAGAGUUUUGUGCAAUGGGACCGAGCGUGCUCUGCGGGACUGUAAAUCAGCAGCUUGGGCUCAUUACACCACUCCACACACCAAUGAUGCUGGUGUCAUCUGUUCAGAGCACAGAGCUCCGAGGUUGGUGCCUGGAAAUUCCCAAUGCUCCGGCAGAAUGGAGAUCCAAUUCCGUGACACCUGGAAAACAGUGUGUGGUCUUGACUGGGAUUUGAAAAACGCCAAUGUGGUCUGUGCACAUCUUCAUUGUGGAGUGGCCGUCUCUGUAUCAAGCUCUUCUCAUUCUGGAGGCAGUACUGUGCCCAUGUGUAAUGAGGUAUUUGAAUGUACGGGCAAUGAGACUCAACUGGGGGAGUGCCGCCAUUCUUCAUCCAUUCACCAGGAUUGCAGCGGACACAACAAUGUCACCCUGAAAUGUUCUG